AUGCCCCAGAGCCGAGAGGAGUACUUCAACAUGAAGCACUCUAAGGCACGAAAUGUUAUCGAGAGAUGCUUUGGGGUGCUGAAGAUGAGAUGGGGGAUUUUGAGAUCUUACUCUUUCUACUCCAUUAGGACUCAAUGUCGCACCGUCACUACAUGUAUCCUUCUCCAUAAUCUCAUUAAGUGUACAAUGGCGGUGGAUCCUGUUGAGACUGAAUACACGGCGUGGGAGCAGGCGAACCUACAUAAUGUACCACAUGAAGUGUACAUUGCAAAUGUCGAAUCUACAAAUGAAUGGACACAAUUUCGGGAUAACUUGGCAACCCAAAUGUACAAUGAUUGGUUAGCUAAUCCAGGGGGUGACCAUUAA